AUGGCCGACACCGAAAACACCGGCGGUGCGGCACGCAGCAUGUCCAAGGAUGAGGGUCGUCUACGAGAACUGGGCUACAAGCAGGAGUUGAAGCGGGACUGGUCGAUGAUCCACAACUUUGGCGUCUCGUUCAGCAUCAUCUCCGUCAUCACCGGCAUCACCACACUUUUCAGUUAUGGCCUGACCACGGGAGGGCCAGGAGUCAUGUCUUGUGGAUGGCUGAUCGUCAGCUUUUUCACCAUGUUUGUCGGGCUGGGCAUGGCGGAGAUUGUGAGCGCGAUUCCCUCUGCAGGAGGACCGUACUUUUGGGCGGCAAUCCUGGCCCCGAAGAAAUGGGCUCCUUUUGCCAGCUGGGUAACGGGUUGGUUCAAUCUCCUCGGGCAAGUUGCAGUCACGACAGGUAUCACCUUUGGCUGUGCCGGCUUGAUUUCCACCUUGGCCAGCGUCAACGGCUACGAGCCGUCGGCCGGAAAAACGCUGGGCAUUUACGCCGCCCUUUUGUUCUCGCACGGGAUGGUCAAUUCGUUCGGCGUGCACAUCUUGCGUUAUUUGAACAACACAUCUAUUGUGCUCCACUCUCUCGGCGUGUUCGCCUUCGCGGUGGCGGUUGUGGCGAAGGCGCCUCAUCAUCAAUCUGCCAAAUUCGUGUUUGCGACAUUCUACGACGGCACGGGCGACCCAGGAUGGUCCGUUCGAGCAUCUCCAGCCUACGUGGCCUGUAUUGGUAUCCUGAUGUCUCAGUAUACCAUUACUGGGUUUGAUGCGAGUGCCCAUUUAUCAGAGGAAACCCAAAACGCAUCGUGGUCAGCGCCCCUCGGUGUUUUGAUGUCGAUCGGUUGUUCGGCCCUGUUCGGGUGGUUCCUCAUCCUCUGCCUCCUGUUCAGCAUCCAGGACUUUGACCGCACCGUGGAUUCGGAAUAUAGUCAGCCGGUGCUCCAGAUCCUGGUCGACCUGUUCGGCAAAACGGGCGCCAUUGUCCUUUUUGUGCUGAUCAUCAUCUGUGUCUGGCAUUGCGGCCUGUUCAGCUUGACCUCCAACUCGCGGAUGAUGUUCAGUUUUGCCCGUGACGGCGGAAUCCCUCAUUUCUUCCACAAAGUGGACGCGCGAUUCCGGGCUCCGAUCCGAACCAUUUGGCUGGCUGCAUUCCUGGCGUUUCUUCUCGCCAUUCCCAGUGUCGGGUCCGCUGUGGCAUUUUCGGCGGCCACCUCGAUUGCCACGAUCGGUCUGUAUCUCUCCUACGGUCUCCCGAUCUUGAUCGGCAUGGUCAACCCCGAAGGCUUCAUCCAUGGGCCGUUCAAUCUCAAGUGGUUUUCACGCCCGGUCGCAAUCAUCGCCUGUCUGUGGAUCGCAUUCAUCACCAUCAUCUUCUGCCUUCCCGAGCUCAAUCCGGUCAAUAGUCAGACGCUCAACUACACGCCAGUGGCAGUGGGGAUCAUUGCUGUCUGGUGCCUUGCAAGCUGGUUUCUGUGGGCUAGGAAGUGGUUCAAGGGUCCCAUUCGCCAAGUCGAGGCCGAAGUUGCCGGGGUCAACGUGGACGAUCCAGAUGCGAUGGAGCGCGCCGAACGCGAGGGCAGAAUCCCGCGGCUGGAGGAGACGGCGGGGGGCAACGAGAAGAGCAUCUUGGCUGCCCUGAAGCAGAAUUACAAUUGA